UUUUGCAAUUCUAUCUGUCAUGACAAGUGACAUUUGCAGGCUUAUAUUGCACCAUCCCAAGUUUUGAAUGACUUAUAAUGUUCAGGGUCCAACUACUAAAAGAACCUGGAUUAACCAUUUUGAGUCGGUAGAUAAGGCCUGAAAGUUAAUUUGGGUAAGUAAAAUCGAGACUGGAUGUGCCAGAACAGAAAGAAAAGGGGGUGCCGACAACACUCGGAUGCAGUCUAGACCGGAUUUAAGACUAGUCGCGACAAGGACAUUGCAAAUUUAAGUGGAAGUGAAUGUAACAUGAUAGGAGUAAAAUACUCCUAUAUUACGAGUCACUUUUGCAUCGCUUUGUAUACUUUUAUCGCAUGUUUCGAGUGAUUAUAUCGUUUAUUACGUGUGUUAGUGUUUCAGGAUAAACAGAGCGUAUGUGAAGGAUUUUGAGUCCAAAAGAGCAAAGAAUCGAUGAUAUGAGGAAGUCGGAAGAUGGAUUGAAGCAAAGAGCAAAGUGAAGAUCGAAAGAAUUCUCCCCCUGCAUGGUCUCGAUCGAGAAGCAGAAUUUGCCUUGGCUUCUCGAUCGAGAAGAAGAGCCAAAUUUAACAGAUUUUUGGGAAUUCUUGCUUCUCGAUCGAGAAGAAGAGCCAAAUUUGACAGAUUUUUGGGAAUUCUUGCUUCUCGAUCGAGAAGAAGAGCCAAAUUUGACAGAUUUUUGGGAAUUCUUGCUUCUCGAUCGAGAAGCUGUUAUUUCAGCAUUUCAAAUCCUUUUGAGUUCUUGUGUUCUCUUGACCUAUUUCCACUUUUGGCCAAACAAACUUGUAAUAGGAUGUUUUUAUUUCCUUUUUAGGCUUUACUAUAUAAAGGCACCUUAUGUCACAUUUUAGGUUAAGCAUCCUUUUUAUAGAAACAAUUAAUGCUCUAGCAAUUAUUCUCGUUUAGUUUUUGCAUGUUUUUGGAGAUUCUCCAUUGUUGAAAGCUUAAAGCUUUUAUUUCCAGAUUUUGGGUUUAAUAUCAUCCUUAAUACAAGUUUAGUUAUUGAAUCUUCAUUAUCUUGUUCAUGAUCUAUUGUUCUUCAUUGCUAUUUAAGGUAAUCAUUUUCACUUUUAUUAUGUUGAUUAACUAUUAUUUAGUUGUUGCUUUAACUUUAAUCAUGAGUAGCUAAACUCCUAGUCUAGGAGUUAUUUGUGAUUGCCAUGUUUGUUAAAUAGGUGAGUAGGUUUUGGGGUUUUGGAUUAAGGUUUGUUGUGCUAGUUUGAACCUAAUGUCUAGAUUAAGUUGAUCUCUUAAUUUUUGUUAUUGCUCAAUUAAUGAGAACGAGAGUUAAAUUAGUUGAGCGGACCUAGCUAGCAUUAGCUCGGAACCUAGAUGCACGAGAGUGAUUUAGGGUUUGUGCGAUUGUGUAGUUUGCGAAUUAAUCGGCUUGAUUAGUCCUAUCGAAAUCUAAUUGCGCGAGAGUGAGUUAGAUUUCGGAGUUUUAAUCAAGUAGCGAUUCUUCAACCUCCGGCUCGAGAGAGCGGACUUGAUACCUUCGAAUAGCUUGAUCCGAACCAUUAUCCUUUGACCCGGCCUAUUUAUCCUAGGGUUCAAUUGGCAUGAUUAGACAACCCUUAGGCGUUUUUAAUCAUUGUAUUUUAUCUUAUAUUCUCAAUUAGUUGUUUGUUGUUGCUUUUCGUUAGUUGUUAAGUAAUUAGUUGUUUGAGUUUAGUUGUAGUAUUAAUCAAAAACAAUCUCUUUUCUUGCUUUCUGAAUUGAACUUCAAAAGCGUAUUUCAUUCACAUUAAACCUCUAGUCCUUGUGGGUUCGACCUCGAUUUGUCGAGUACUACACUUAACAUCUCCCGUUAUAGUUUGAGUGGCUUAUAAUGCUUAAAAUUCAACCACUGAAUUAACUUGGACGUGCCAAUGAUUUAGACCCCAAAGUUAAUUUGGAUCAGGAGAAUUCGGGUUAUUUUGUUGUUGUCAAUAUCUUACAUAUAUAUAACAUGCUAUAAAAUAAAGGUCAAUAGCCCUGUAGAAAAUUCAUAAAGAAUUUUAAUGAUACAGAAAUUGCAGUUACUUCCAAGAACUAACAGACAUAUAAAGACCUUUUCAUCCUGUGCUGCCCAUUUUACUUGCCCUUUCUGUUUUAUCUUUUGUCACACCUUACAAGAAUUAUAACAAUCAACAAAAUCAACUGUUAUUUUUGCUUUUCUUGAAGAAAAAAAAUCAAGGAGAAAGAAAUGGAGGUAAUAGUUGUAGCAGUUGAUGCAAGUAAAGAAAUUACUGAUUAUGCACUCGACUGGGCGGUCCGUAAUAUAAUAACUCAAGCAAUGGAUUCUGUAAUCAUGCUUGCAGUUUCUCCAACUUCUGCAAACAGGACUCAUAAUUUUCUUUCUUGUCUGCUAAAGAAAUUGGGUCAUGGAAAUAGGCAAAAGGGGGAGAAAUCAUCAAGUUAUUGUAACUUCAAACACAAGGCAGCUCAACAGGAUUCGUUCCGGCAGAUACAAAGUGUUUGUAAGGAAAUGAUGCAGCAACUGUGUUUAGCCCAUAAUAAACUGGUUCAAACUCAGGUGAAAGUUGUAUCUGAUGCAGAGUUGGGAUCAGUGGCCAAAGAAGCCAGAGAGCUGGAGGCAACAUGGGUCAUUUUAGACAGAUGCUUGCAGAAAGAAAGUGAUUACUGCCUGAAACAGUUGACUUGCAACAUUGUGAUCAUAGACCAUGAAGUUCCAAAAUUUCUUAAAGCAGUUAAACCUCUAGCAAGAAAAAGACUUGAUGUGAACACAGAUCAAAGCGAUAGCAUUACCGGUAAUAAGAGUACAGCAACCAGAAGCAUUUUUGGUACAGAAGAUACAAUUUUCGAUACAGAUGACAAGUCGGAAAAUCCUUAUUCCGAUGCCCCAUUUCUGCCUUUGAAUUCUAAUUAUUUCCAUAGGGAAGCUGAAGUGCAAGCAAUAUUCAGUUCCUCACCUUACAGCUAUGGUAAAUAUGGCAAUAUGUCAAGUUUUAGCAUUGGUGACUCGCCUAGUAAAUCAUCGGCAAGUCCCUCGGAUGGUAAAAUUAAGAGCUAUAGUGGCCUUUUGAAGACCGAAGGUGAUAGUAAUGUCAAAGCAACACAAAUAUCGGUGCCAGCAAGAAAAUCAGCAUUACCCUCUUCGCCAAGCAACCUUCAAAUAAGAACUUCAAGUAUCAGAAAGGCUAUGUCUCUUUCAGUCAAGCAUCCACCAACACCGCCGCCACUUUGUUCCAUUUGCAAGCAAAACGCACCUAUAUUCGGGAAGGCGCCAAGGAAGUUCAGUUAUAGAGAGAUAGAGAAGUCAACUGGUGCAUUUUCAAGUGAUAAUCUGUUGGCAGAUGGUGGAUAUGGUUUGGUAUACAAAGGUAUACUAGACGAUGGGCUAGUUGUUGCAGUAAAGAAGCACAAGACAUUAAGUGCACAAGGAGCAUCACAAAUUUGCUCCGAGGUUGAAAUACUGAGCUGUGCGCAGCAUAGAAAUUUGGUGAUGCUGAUUGGAUACUGCAUUGAGAUCGAAUGGCUUCUCGUUUACGAAUUCGCUUGCAAUUCUUCCUUAGAUAAGCAUUUGUACGGAAUCGAAGUUAUGACAUGGCCUAACAGAAUGAAGGUUGCAAUAGGAGCUGCCAGAGGUUUGAGAUAUCUACAUGAAGAUUGCAGAGUGGGAUGUAUUGUACACAGAGAUUUCAGACCCAAAAAUAUCCUUCUUACGCAUGACUUUGAACCAAUGGUUGGAGAUUUCGGUCUAGCAAGAUGGCAAGCGGAUGGCCAGUCUGCUGACGAAACGCGUGUUAUUGGCGCUUUUGGGUAUUUAGCUCCUGAGUACACACAAUCCGGGCUUAUAACAGAAAAGGCUGAUGUGUAUGCAUUUGGAACGGUUCUGUUGGAGCUUUUGUCUGGCAUCAAAGCAACUGACUUUGCAAGAACUGCAAGAAGACAAUUUUUGCAAGAACGGGGUUGCCCUUUGCUCGAAAGGAAGAUGGUUAACGAGAUAAUAGACCCACGACUAAAGCAAAAUUAUGCAGAGAAUGAAGUGAAGUUUAUGUUAUAUGCUGCUAGAUUAUGUGUUUCACCAAACCCAGAAAAAAGACCAAGAAUGUCCAAGGUAUUGAAAAUAUUGGAAGGAGACAUUUCCACUGAAUUGCCCUGCAACUGUGUGCAACAUGCUGAUGACUACCCUAAGCAAUAUGUGAAUGACAUCUACCGCACAGAUAGUCUAAUGGUUUCGCCACGUGAUCAUAGCCCUUCAUCACUUAUGAUGCAACUAAUGAAUGAUAGGAUGAUAAGUACAUCAAGAACACGCGAUGAAAGAAAUAUUGACAUGAUUAGCAAAUUUAAGACAUUGGAAUCCUUCAAAGAAUAUAAAGCAGCAAGGGAAAUAUGUGUUCAGGAAUUGAAACAGCAUGAGUUGAACAUUAGCGGAGAAUAUCAUGCUUAUUUACAAGGUUCGCUGGCCAAAUUUGUUCAAAACUUUAAUGAACAUUAAAAUAUAAUAUAUAUGAAGAUUAUGCAA